GUUGUCAGCUCAUGUGAUGUAAUUUCGGAAUCACCCCCAUAUCUGUCACGUGUUCACAACAUUGAGAUUGUACCCCACGCGUUCAGUGGAUGAUGAAUUUCGUUCGAUAUUUACAUUUCUAUUGUCAUUCACGUCACGUCACAUCAUCUUAGUCUGUUCGUCUGUGUUAUUAGCGUUUUGUGACUUAUAUCAUCAUGGCGUGUUCUGGUGGAAGGAGACGUAGAGGUGGACCAUACAAAACUAACCCUGCCACAGACCUUACAAGAUGGAGACUAAAGAAUGUAGAAGGAAGACAGACUUGGUAUUAUGUAGAAAAAAACAAGAAGUUAUUAAGAGAACAAAAUAUGGUUGAAUUACACUCCUUGGGAUUGGACACUAGUAUGCAUGCACCAGACUUGCCAAGACCUAAAACAGUGAAAGAUGCCGCACAUAAUGGGAUGAUGUUUUAUUCAAAACUACAGUCGGAAGAUGGCCACUGGUCUGGAGAUUAUGGUGGACCAUUGUUUCUCAUGCCAGGUUUGUUAAUUGUGUGUCAUAUUACAAAUGUGCAGUUGUCAGAUGCACAAAAAGCGGAGAUGAUUCGUUACUUGAGAUCAAUUCAUUUAGAUAAAGUAACACUAUUAUUUGGAACUUCACUGAAUUACACAGCAAUGCGGGUAUUAGGAGUUGGAUCAGAUGAUCCAGACCUGGUGAAAGCUAGGAAUAUACUACAUAGUCUAGGAGGUGCUGUGUAUAUUCCAUCUUGGGGUAAAUUCUGGCUGGCUGUCCUUAAUUGCUAUAGCUGGGAUGGUAUGAAUACGUUGUUACCAGAAAUGUGGUUAUUUCCUAAGUGGGUGCCAGCUCAUCCAUCUACUCUGUGGUGUCAUUGCAGACAGGUUUAUUUGCCAAUGUCAUAUUGUUAUGCAACAAGACUUACUGCUCAAGAAGAUGAUCUGAUCAGGUCACUGAGGAAGUCUUGUUGUCUAUUUGGUGAUUGGAUAUCUCAAAGAGCUGUGGACAAGUCUUGUUGUCUAUUUGGUGAUCGGAUAUCUCAAAGAGUUGUGGGCAAGUCUUGUUGUCUAUUUGGUGAUCGGAUAUCUCAAAGAGUUGUGGGCAAGUCUUGUUGUCUAUUUGGUGAUUGGAUAUCUCAAAGAGCUGUGGACAAGUCUUGUUGUCUAUUUGGUGAUCGGAUAUCUCAAAGAGCUGUGGACAAGUCUUGUUGUCUAUUUGGUGAUUGGAUAUCUCAAAGAGUUGUGGACAAGUCUUGUUGUCUAUUUGGUGAUUGGAUAUCUCAAAGAGCUGUGGACAAGUCUUGUUGUCUAUUUGGUGAUCGGAUAUCUCAAAGAGCUGUGAACAAGUCUUGUUGUCUAUUUGGUGAUCGGAUAUCUCAAAGAGCUGUGGACAAGUCUUGUUGUCUAUUUGUUGAUCGGAUAUCUCAAAGAGUUGUGGGCAAGCCUUGUUAUCCAUUUGGUGAUGGUGUAUUGAAUGUUUAUGAAUCAUGGCAUAGUAAAAGACUGCGACAGAAGGCAAUACAGGAAUGCUAUGAUCAUAUACAGGCAGAUGAUAGAUUCACUAAAUGCAUUAGUAUAGGCCCGGUAUCCAAAGUCAUCAAUAUGCUAGUAAGGUGGCAUGUAGAUGGACCACAGUCUAUUGUUUUCAAACAACAUGUAGACAGAAUUGCGGAUUAUUUAUGGCUUGGUUUGGAUGGCAUGAAGAUGAAUGGUACUAAUGGUUCACAACUUUGGGAUACUGCAUUUGUUGUACAGGCUUUCAUAGAAGCUGAAGCACACAAGAACACAAUGUUUAAUGAUACACUAGAACAUGCUCAUAGUUUCUUUAAACUGACUCAAAUACCAGAGAACCCAGCAGAUUAUGAGAAGUAUUAUCGGCAGAUGAACAAGGGUGGAUUUCCAUUUAGUACUCGUGACUGUGGAUGGAUCGUUGGAGACUGUACUGCGGAAGGGUUGAAGUCAGUCAUGAUGUUACAAGAAAAAUGUGCAAAUAUUAAAAAUCCAAUUGAAAAGGAGAAACUUUAUGAAGCAGUCAAUGUGUUGUUAAGUUUACGUAAUUCAGACAAGGGAUUCGCGACUUAUGAAACUAAGAGGGGAGGAAAACUACUUGAACUAUUGAACCCAUCAGAAGUAUUCGGUGACAUAAUGAUAGAUUACACAUAUGUAGAAUGUACAUCGGCCGUCAUGCAGUCGUUAAAACAUUUCCAAGAUCAAUAUCCAGAAUACAGAAAAGACGAAAUACGAACAACCCUAGAUGAUGGUCUUGCAUAUAUUAAGGAUAAACAACGCAGUGAUGGAUCAUGGGAAGGGUCAUGGGGUGUGUGUUUCACUUACGGUGCAUGGUUUGGUUUAGAAGCUUAUUCCUGUAUGGGAUGUAGGUAUGAUUUAGGAACUGCUACAAAUGAGGUCAAGUUGGCAUGUGAAUUCUUGUGUAAGAAACAAAUGUCAGAUGGUGGUUGGGGUGAGAACUUUGAAUCGUGCGAAAAGAGGCAGUACAUAGAGUCAGACAAUUCUCAGAUUGUCAACACUGCAUGGGCUCUUUUGGGGCUUAUGGCUGUAAGAUACCCAGACAUAUCUGUAUUAGAAAAAGGUGUUCAACUCAUCAUGUCCAGACAGUUACCAAAUGGUGAUUGGCCACAAGAAAACAUCAGUGGUGUGUUCAACAAGUCAUGUGCUAUUAGCUACACCAGUUACAGGAAUGUUUUUCCCAUCUGGACGCUUGGUCGGUUCGCAAGGCUUUACCCGGAUAGUAAUUUAGUCACACCAUCCUUCAAUGGUCGUUGAAGCAGGGUUUGUUUUGCAAGGUCAAGUGUUUGUAUGAAUUUAAUACUUGCAGAGUAAAACUGUUCAGCAUAUCAUACUUUGAAGGGACACAUUUGGCAGCUGGCCUGCUUUUUAAUGUCUAGAAAGUUUUUGAAAUUUGCAAUGAUUAAGUACAGUAGGUGCAAUCAGCAAUCAGGCUGUAUUUGGUCAUUACGCAAAACUUUGAUUCAAGUUCAUUCAAGGGUUUCCGCUUGGUGUAAAUUAAUUGUAGCCAUGAUGGAACAUUAUGACAGAUCCUGUAGCAUAUUGAACUUCGGAACUGUAAAACCGCCUUUGUUGUCACGUGUAUUUAUGACUUCCUAACAUCCACAUUUAUUCUAAGCAAUGACUGGUAAACCCACAACUGCAUACUUUUCUGACAAUUCUAUUGUUCACCCAGUUUUGUACUUUUUUCCAGCUGCCCAUUAUAUCUUGUGCAAUCUUGUGAUUACUGGAUAACACUGCAUCAUAUUGUAAAAGCAGUCUUUUAAAUAGUUGCAAUAUUUAGAAUGCAAGACCACAUAAUUAUAUGCAAGAUACAAGUUGCAUUCCCACUUUGCAAACGAGCUAAACAUGAAAUGUGACACUAUUUUCCCCUCAUUCUGUGUGUACUGCAAGAUCUUGGUUCUUACACACACGUCAACAAGAGUUAAAAUUAACUAUGGCUCAAACCCAGAGUUUUGCUACACUACUAAUGUAAUGGUACUUCAAAGAAUGCAGCUUUAAGACAAUAUUGGAGUCACUUACCACAUGGCAGUGCUUUGUCGAGUCUGAUCCAUAAACACAUGGACAUACAUUAUGUAUUUUAUGAAUUCAAACAACUGUAUCAUUAUUUUUACAGCAAGUCUCAGAAGUAUUGGGGCAGCCAAUUUGCAAACUCGCUAGCGAAUUGGCUAACUGCUUAGGUUUUGACUAAACGUUGGCUUUCGAAUCCCGUCUGGUAGUCACGCCCACUUAAGGCAAAUCUAUGUAACAGUAGGGGAUGAUCCUCAUACUUUAGGAGCUAAUCAACGACGGUCUUACAGUUGGAUGGCGAUUUCGCUUACAAAUAUACCAGGGAAAGUGUUCUAUGCUCUUCAUGUCCAUACAAAAACGACGAAUGGGGUAGAUUUUUUCAGUGGUUGGCUUAAUGUUACCCCAACGGAUUGUUCGAGUGUGAAAUUUUUUGAUUUUCUCCCUGAUUUAUAGGAAACUGUUUCUCAACUAGUCUAUUUAGUUUAAGCAGUGUUCAAGAUGGUUACCCUCAUAUAGUAAAUAUCGGUGGAUUAAUCGCAUUUAUCACUUGUACGCCAGCUGACUGACCAUUUUCGGGCUCAAAUCAUUCGGGGGAAUCCAGACAUGUACCAGGCUGCGUAAAAACAUUCUAAAGACCCUAAUGCAAUAUAGACUCGCCAAAGACCCUAAUGCAAUAUAGACUCGCCAAGAGUGGACGCGAUCACAAGCUGGCGUCAGCGAGAUUCGAAAGCCAACCAGUUAGCCAAUUCACUAGCGAGUUUGCAAAUUGGCUGCCCCAAUACUUCCGAGACUUGCUAUAAUGACCAUUUGAAAAGCUAUCGCAAUGCAUCCUCUGAAUAUAUAGUAGUGUAAAUGAUACUUUAUUUGCUGAAUAUCACUUACUCAAUGGCUUGCUGUAACUUGUAAUAUUAUAUUGUGAAAAGAAUAAUAAAUACUUAACAAAAUUUU